CAGAAAGUUUUAUUAAAUUUAUUCUAUAAGUGAGUAAAAAAUUUAAUUUAGAAAAAACUCCUUCAAACUCACAUAUACACCAAAAAAAUAGAUGUACUAAUUCCAUACGCUCAAACAAAUACAUACGCAGUACUAGACGGACGCUGGUGCGUAUACUUAAUAUUAUUGAGUUACGGCUUCCUUCCGGUUGAAUGACCAUAUAAAACGUUGCAAUGUUGUUGCCCUCGUUGCAUAUACUAUAGAAUUAUACACUUUAAGAAUGCGUAUAUAUGUAUGUGUGCUCGACAUACUGCGAGAAAGUGAGUGAAGAAAAUAAGCGAAAAAGCGUAGGAAAGCAGAUAGAGUGCAAAAGGCAGCAAGCAGCAAGCAACCUAGAAAAUACGUCGGUAAAGCAAACACACACACACACGCAAACACAUCUAGCCACAUAGAAUGAUGGUCUACAUACUUUUCAGUAUAUGUAUCCAACAAAAUCGAGCAAACGAGUGCAACUAGCAAACGGAUUCUGUGUAUGCAACGCUCUUUGCAAAUCGAGAUACAUACCAGCCAGCUAGCUUUCCAGCCAGUGAGGCAGCCACCAAUUGAAAACUGAAAGAAAAGUGAAAAUUCUGUUGUAGGAGAAUUUUGUGCGAAUGUAAAACAGGUCGAGAGAAAAAAAAACAAAAACAAAGAGCAUAUAUUGGUAAAAUUGUCAUUAUAAAUCUAAUGCCACAGACACUUUGCAAACGAAAAUUCCGGCAAAAAAAACGUAGCCAAGUAAAGAAAGGUAUGGAGUAGUGAGACAGUUAGAGCAGCAGCAAAAGCAGCAGACGACAGCAGAUUUUACGCUCAAAGUGCUAUAAAUUAACGUACGACGACCUUUACAGAAGUUCAGACACAACCAAAAACAAAGGCCAGUGCAAACGCCCGCGCAAAGUAAGCAAAUGGGUGGUGAGACAGCAGUGAAGUGAAGACAAUUUUUAGAGAUACAUUCACCUUACAAGCAGUGCAGAUGCCGUCGUUGUAGACGUCGCCGCCGUUUGUUGACACUCUUACUAAAGAUAAAUCAAUAAGUACAAAAGUACAAGUGCAACAGACACAUAAGCACACCCGCACAUUGUGCAAACACAUACACACAUUCGAUAGUACUUAGUUAGUACAUAUAAAUAGAUUCACACAUGCACUCAGAAUGCUACUAAAGUGUUAAAUAUAAAAGUGUUUGCAGCAUUUGAAUUGCUUUUAAAAUAGACGUCCAGGCGCGCGCCCUGCCAGCAAGCCAAAGGCUAACCCGUCAACCAGCCCGUCAGCCAAUCGGUGGCUUUUAUCUCCGCACCAGCUACAACAACUAUCAUCGGCAACGGCGGCCGCCGCCAGCCACUGUGUGCGCUUAGUCACCGCUAGCAGCCAACCAUAAUCCGCAAACACUCCUCAUCUCCAGCAGUGCAGCGCAGCACAGCACAGCUCUCGAGUAGCAGUUUUUUUUUCGCAAACCGGCAAAAUUCAUUCACAAAUUAUGCUGGCCAUGUCAACACUGAUGAUGCCUGCACCCACCAUAGCGAUGGGGGCGCCGCAGAUCACUAUGGCUCCACAUAAGCCACCGGAAACAAAAUUGCUCGCCAUACAUCCGGCAGCUGUUGCUGCAAGUGGCGGUGGCGGCGGCAGCGGUGGCCAGCCAACGCAUCUGCAACACAACGGUCAACAUCCGCAGUCACAGCAGCAGCCGCCGCCAAAUCAGCAGCAACAGCAAUCCCAACAGACGCAACAGCAGCAAAUCUCAGCCGGCAACAACAAACCAGAGCAAUUUCAUAUUUUCGUUGGAGAUUUAAGUGCAGAAAUCGAGACACAACAACUAAAAGAUGCUUUCACACCAUUUGGAGAAAUAUCAGACUGCAGAGUAGUGCGCGAUCCACAGACGCUAAAAUCGAAAGGAUACGGUUUUGUUUCAUUUGUGAAGAAAUCGGAAGCGGAAAAUGCCAUUACAGCCAUGAAUGGCCAGUGGUUGGGCUCGCGUUCGAUACGCACGAAUUGGGCAACAAGAAAGCCGCCGGCGACAAAAUUGGAUGUUAAUGCCAAACCUUUAACCUUCGAUGAAGUGUACAACCAAAGCAGCCCCACUAAUUGCACUGUCUACUGUGGUGGCAUCAAUGGCGCAUUGUCCGGCUUUUUAAACGAGGAGAUUUUGCAGAAAACUUUCUCUCCCUACGGCACAAUUCAGGAGAUAAGGGUAUUCAAGGACAAAGGAUAUGCAUUUGUGCGCUUUUCUACUAAAGAGGCCGCCACCCACGCCAUUGUUGGCGUACACAAUACGGAAAUCAAUCAACAGCCUGUGAAGUGCGCGUGGGGCAAAGAGAGUGGCGACCCCAAUCACAUGUCAGCCAUCGCCGGGCAAGCACUAAGCCCUGGCUUCCCAUUUGGCACAGCAGCAGCGGCGGCUGCAGCAGCAGCAUAUGGGCAACAAGUGGCCGGCUAUUGGUAUCCACCGGCACCCACAUAUCCCACAGCAGCGCCCACACCCGCCAACGCACUGCAACCGGGACAAUUUUUGCAAGGCAUGCAAGGAUUUACGACAUACGGGCAAUUUGCUGGCUACCAGCAAGGAUAUAUGGGCAUGGGCGUCCAAAUUCCCGGUACUUGGCAGAGUGUGCCACCUCAAGCGCCGUUGGCAGGCGCCACCGCUCCACAAAUUGCACAGAGCGUCAGCAGUGGUUUGCCACAGGCUGCCGGCGUUGUUGCCUAUCCCAUGCAACAAUUUCAGGUUAGUCCACAGCUGGCUGAAGAUGAAUGGCUUGCACCGAGCCUGCUUGUGUAGCUGCCAUGAUGGCCGGCAUUUACAACAACUAAUGGUGCACCAACAGCCGCCGCAGCUGCAGCAACAACAUUAUGUGCCUGCACAAAAGUCACUGUAGCACCGCCAAUACAAGCACCUA